AUGAGGAUUGUUGCUCUUAUCACAUGCUUUCUUUUCCCAAUUGUUCGGACCGACGAAAGUCCUUUUCACAGAACAGUCAAAACAAACUGUGAUUUGAGUUCUCUAGAGAACGAUUCAUUCAGCAGUGUAUACCCAGUCGAUAACGACACUGUAGUGAUCUUAAAAGGUACGAAUUCCAUUCUGAAGGAUUGCGAAGUACAGUAUGCUCCACAAAACGAAUUACAACAACCUACAGUCGGGUCGGGUCAAAACGAUUUGAAGUUUGGUGCAGUUACGCAAGAUAUUGUACCAGAGGAACUGAUUAUAGACUCUGAGAAUUGUGAAGAAUUGUGUGCUCCACAUGGACGUUGUUCUUUACGCGAAGCAGGAACUCCCAUUGAACAUUAUGAAUGUCUUUGUGACUAUGGAUACAGAGGAAUGCACUGUGAAGAAAAGAUUCGGACCAAAUUCGCCUUAAUGUACUUCGUCUGGAUUUGCGUAUUAGUGGAGUUUGCCCUUAUAAUGAUAGCAAUUAAACGAUAUGCGAAUCGAAAAUUUUUCGAAUCACCGCUUCCCGCUCAACGAUUUGUCGAUAUUAUGAUCUCUCGUUGUAAGAAGAAACAAGAAGAUUUGAAGAAGAACAAUUGA